AUGGCGUCCUCAGAUAAUAAGAGAAAAGACUCGGCCAGCUCCCGCCACCGCUCGCACAGAGGCUAUGAAAUUCGACUUCGAUGGGGUGCCGGCAUCGCUUCUAGAGGUCGGUACAAUGGGGCAGAGAAGCCCGUCAAGGAGUUCAUUCCACCCCCUUCGAAACGGCGAUGGGAUCUUCGCGGCAAGGGGGAGAAAGAAGAGGAAGGAGAUCGCCAAGGCCAGCCUCAUCUUUUACUCGAAGCUAGCUUCAGUCCAGAACAACUUGACCCCAUAACUCAGCCUGUUAGCCCACGUGCGACAGUAAACAUAUUGAAUGAGCCUUAUGGACAAGACUUUAAAGACUAUAUGGACAUCACUAAGCACUUCGAGCUACCGGCUUCGACACGAGAGAGGUUCGAACGAGAUAAUGCGGCUGCAUUUGAUGGAGAUCAACGGCUAGCUGCAAAUCAAUAUCCCGACACUGCUUUAACUGGGACACCCGUAAUGAUUGCUUAA